AUGAAGGUCCUAUCACCCUUGGCUUCGAUAGCGCUGGCGCAGGGCACACUCUGCGCAGCUCAGGGCUAUACCAAUGAGUCGGAAGUUCCUUACUAUGGCCGGAGUCCUGCCGUAUACCCCUCCCCUGUCGGAGAUGGGGCCACAAGUUCAAUCUGGGAGAGCGCAUAUCAACGCGCGAAGGCCCUUGUCUCUCGAUUAACCGAUGAAGAGAAAUCUAACCUCACCCGUGGGUUCGACGGUCAGUGUGUUGGAAACACAGGUGCAAUCCCCCGGCUAUCCAUUCCUUCGCUUUGCUUUUCAGACGCACCGGACGGCGUGAGAGGACAAGAGUUUGUCUCAGCAUUUCCGGCAGGCAUUCACGUGGCGGCAACAUGGGAUCGCUCGCUGAUAUAUCGUUAUGGUCAUGCACUGGGCCAAGAGUACCAGGGGAAGGGUAUCAAUGUGGCAUUAGGUCCCGUCGCGGGACCAUUGGGAAGACUUGCCCGAGGAGGGCGGAAUUGGGAGGGUCUAGGCGCGGAUCCUUAUCUUGCAGGCGGAGGGAUGGGAGCUAUCACUAAAGGUAUCCAGGACGCUGGAGUGAUUGCCUCAGCGAAGCAUUGGCUGUUGAACGAAGAGGAAUGGAGAAGAAAUCCGGGGGACAUGGGCGAAUCACUGAGCUCAAAUGCUGAUGACCGCACCAUUCACGAACUAUAUGUUUUCCCUUUCAUGGAUGCUUUGAGAGAAGGUGUCGGGAGUGUGAUGUGUUCUUAUCAGCGUCUAAACCACAGCUAUGGGUGCCAGAAUUCAAAGCUGCUCAACGGUAUCCUGAAAACCGAGCUUGGAUUUGAAGGGUUCGUGGUGAGUGACUGGGCAGCACAGCAUUCGGGUGUUGCUUCGGCCAAUGCUGGCUUGGAUGUUGUCAUGCCAGACGGUGGCUUCUGGGGCCGCAAUCUGACCGAUGCUGUCGCAAAUGGCAGUGUCAGCAGCGAGAGACUGGAUGACAUGGCAACGCGAGUCCUGGCAACCUGGUUUUACACCGGUCAGGAUGAUGGUUAUCCUGCCCCGGGAGUUUACUCGGAGUCUGAGAAGCACGAUCCUAUUGACGUUCAAGCGGACCAUGCGACGUUAAUAAGAGAGAUUGGCUCUGCUGGUACUGUGUUAGUUAAGAACGUCAACAACGCACUUCCAUUCACGAAUGCCACUAGAUACCUUAGUGUCUACGGCUAUGACGCGACCGUUAGUGCAGCCCCAUGGGCCAAUCCCUCUCGCUAUGGCGGUGGUUACGAGGUGAACUUCGGUUGGACCACCUUCAACGGCACUCUCAUCACCGGUGGAGGCUCCGGAGGAAGCACUCCUCCAUAUGUAGUGAGUCCCUUCCAGGCACUGCAGGAGCGAGCCUCGAAGAACAAAGGAAUCCUUCGCUGGGAUUUCUACUCAGAGAAUCCCACCCCCGCAUACGUGAACAGCGAUGCUUGUCUCGUGUUCAUCAACGCAUAUGCAUCUGAGGCCUUCGACCGAACCAGCCUUACAGACGAGUUCAGCGACAAUCUCGUACGCAACGUUGCUGCCAACUGUACCAACACCAUCGUUGUCAUUCAUUCCACCGGUAUCCGUACCGUCGAUGCAUGGAUCGAUCACCCAAAUGUGACAGCCGUACUCUUUGCCGGCCUCCCCGGCCAAGAAAGUGGUCACUCCCUCGUUGAUAUCCUGUACGGCGAUGUCAGCCCAUCCGGAAGACUUCCCUUCACCGUCGCCAAGAAUGAAUCCGACUACGGAAACUUGCUGAACUCGACUGUCUCGUUUGACGCGUUUCCCGAAGUCAACUUCACUGAGGGCUUAUACAUCGAUUACCGCGCUUUCGAUCGUGACGACAUCGAACCGCGGUUCGAAUUCGGCUUUGGCUUGUCAUACACCACCUUCGAGUACUCUGACCUUGCAAUUACGGCUACAGGAAAUAGUACUUCCCCUCUGGUGGACGCCAACAUUGCUAUUGUCCAGGGUGGACAUCCACAGCUGUGGGAUGUAUUGUUUGAAGUCACCUGCUCCAUCACCAACACGGGUGACGUAUCCUCGUCAGAGGUCGCCCAGCUCUACGUUAGCAUUCCAGACGCUCCCGUGCGACAGUUACGCGGCUUUGAAAGAGUGCCACUAGCACCGGGAGAGACAAAACAAAUAUCCUUCCCGUUGACCAGGAGGGAUCUCAGUAUUUGGGACGUUGUAGAUCAGCAAUGGAGGCUCCAGGCCGCGACCUACACUGCCUCUGUCGGCGCUAGCAGCAGGAUCCUGCACUUGAAUGGGACUAUUAGGAUUGAGUAG